AUGGAGAAGGACGGACUGUAUUUGUUGACCAUCGGUCAAAUUUUGGAAAACACAAGAAAUAUAUCAAAUAUUAGCCUGUAUUAUAAUCGUAUAUCCCUAAUAAAUAAUUUAAGACGUUAUGAAAACAAUUAUUGCUGGGUACAUGAGACGAGAAGUCAAUUCAAAAAAUUUACAGAUACAGUUUCAUGUGCAUGUGUGGAACCUAAAAAUGAGUUGGAUUUAACAAUUUUGACAAAAGGUUUUAAGUGUCCACAAGAAUGUUACGUGAGGAAUUUGAGCUCAGAACUGAAAAAUACGAACCUUAUUGUAGAUUUCAGCUCCUCACAAUGCAUAAGCAUAAUAUACAAAGGGAGACUGUACCUAUACAGCAACCUUUCGACGUGUAAAAUGGUGAAUAACAUCACCUCUGAAAAAGAAAGCUCUCGAGGGAUAAUUUGCGAAGACUGUAAGAUAGGAGAAUCAGCUCUCUUCAGCAAGGAAGACAUUGAAAAGGCCCUGUAUGACAUCAUCGAGAGAGGAGAGGACCAGAAGUACGGGCUGACUCUCCUGGAACACACGUCGCUCGGAAGCGCUCUAUACGGACUCGAGAAGGUCCAGGACUCUGUGAAGUCAAUAGGGAUCCUGGAGGGUCUGAUCGCAGACGAGCCUAAGCAGAGUGCGAUAGACAAGAUCAACGUGAUCGACUGCGACAUUCUCCUUGAGGACGUAAACCCAGCAACAAUCAGAUGCGAUAGCCACGUCUCGUCGAAGCCGAAGGACUGCAACAGCUGCAAGUACAUCAGCGACCUGAACAAGUACCUAAACUCACCAAUCAUUAGCUACUGCGACCACAACUCGCCCAGCUGCGAGCACUCGAACAACAGCUGCGACCGCAGCGUAAGCUCGUGCGACCACUCGCUGAGCGGAGGAUGCGACCACAUAGUAAACGCGUCGCUGGAGCCGCUCUCAGGAGGAAUCGGCGAAGCUAACGUGAUCACGUGCGACCACAUGGCAGGAGAGUGCUAUCACAGCGUGUUGUCGUGCGUUCACAGGUCGGAGUGCGAAAGGUGCAACGAGAGCUGCAACAAAGAAGACCACGUACACAAGGACCGCAAAAUAACCGAUCACGCUCACAACGAAGGCUGCAAAUCUGACCACGUUCACAAGGAAUGCAAAAUUUAUGAAAACUGCGCGACCUGCCACUGCGCCAAGUGCCUGCACGCCUGCACCAAGUGUGAAGGCCCUGGAGAGCAAAUUGUGAAGCUGAAGGAGGGAAAGCUGAGCCGCGAUUACCUGCUGGAGUGCGUGAGGUACGCAAACGGCCUCGUGGAGAGAGCAAUGGGAGAGCUGGAGUCGAUCUGCUCCUCCCUGAUCAACCAGACGAACGCAAUGUGCCAGCCGCCACUUAACAUAUCAAUCAGGUUCCUGGAGCACUUCCUGUGCUACGAGUACGCAGUGGAGUACAGCAGCGACGUAAACCUCCUGAGCAAGGACAGCCUUUACGAGUUAAACGCGCUCGACAAGCAGAACGUGAUCCUGCACGAGUUCAUACAAUGCAACGUGCUGACGAAGCGGGUGCUCGACCACACGUUCGACAUCAUCCUGGCGCGCAUAAAAACGUACACGACGCCGAAGACGCAGAGCAUUGGCGCAAUGGAUAUGGCAGCGAUUGAGGCCCACACGGCCACUAAAAGUAAGGAGCACGCGAAGGGCUUUAACGGGAACGAGGAAGGAGUGCACACGAACGGAGUGUCUAGCGCAGACAGCGGAGAAGAGAUGACGGAGUCAAACGAAUCGAACACUAUGGUGACGCCGUCCUCAAGAAACGAGAGGUUCGGAGAUGAACAAAUCAACUCGUACGACCUGAACGACACGAAGCUAGUGUUCCCCGCCGAACUUAACAUAGGAUCCGACAACACAAUUAACUCAAUCCAGGACAUAUACACGGGUAGUCCAGGAACGGAUCAGACGAUGAGUGAAGACAGCACGCACGAGUCUGACGGCAAAAACGGAGAAAGCGACCAGGACGAAGUAGCAGGCCCAGAAAUAUACCCAUACUGGUGGACAUUCUACGGAGAGGAUAACACGCUGGGCGAGGGAGACCUCAACGGACGCUACGAAGGAAUCAGAAGGUUCACGCGCUCGUCCUACGUCAAGGACGAGGCGAGCACGCCGAAAAACAAGAAGACGGGCAACGGAGCAAACUACCUGCUGACGAGGUGCGUGAGCUCGGACUUCAGCACGAAGUCGAACAUCAACGUGUCAGGCCUGCACUCUAGCAGAGAGACACUAUGCCCAAGCGAGUUCAACCAGUCGCAGUCAGACUCGUCGCCGAAGCAGCAAUUAUGCUUCUGCAAGACGUGCAUACCCUUCAUCUCGAACAUCACGAGAAUAUUCCCAAACGCAACAGCAGAAGGAGCGAGUCAGGAGAGGCUGCCGAGAGCAGGCGUCAACGGAAGCCCAGAGCUGACGCCGAAGACGGAAAUCAACGGAAGCAGCCUCUCCCUCAACCUGAUCUCGCGCGACUCGCGCGAGGAGGACUUGGACAAGGAGAUGUCGAUAGUAAACGGCCUGAGAAGGUCAAUACGAGUGGCUCUGGACGUGGGCUCCGCAAUCAGGAAGAAGAUGAAGGAGGAGCACAAGCCGCUCAUGGACACGCUCAACGUGGCGCUGCUCUCUAGUUUCAGGCUCGGCGAGUUCCUAUUCAACAACCCGAACAUGUACGGAACGAGCGUGUACACGACCGGAAGCAUCGAGCUUGACAACAGGUACGACUUUUUCGAAAAGCCCGAAGGACUCAUUGAAAAGAUACGCCUAGGAGACCAGCAGGCAGGAAACAGGACGCCGGAGCUGGGAGACGGAGAGGCGAAGUCGGAGCGCGCGGAGGAGGAGAUCGGAAACCUGCUCUGCAUCGACGUCGCAGUCGACGCAGUCGACACUGAGCGCAGCACCUUCGAGAGCGACCAGUACCUGGCCUACGACAUCGUGAGCGAGGAGGACGCGUGCUCAUACAGCAGCCUCAGCUCAAGCAGCCCGAAGAUGUUCAACAAGCGCAAGAGCCCGAGCCGCGCGAGAAGAACAUACCGCAGCCUCAGCAGCUUCGACGGUCUGCCGGGCAGGCGCAGCUUCGAGGGACUGCCUACGAGCAGAAGAAGCACGCGCGAGCUGAGCCAGACUGACGACAUGUACAUCUACGACAUGAACAACCUGAGCGACAAGGGCGAGUUCGACGACUGGUACGUCGACUCGGACUCGAGCAAGAAGAGCUCGAAGUACGCACACAAGAGGAUGCCGCCCAGCAGACCCUCGGUCUCGAACCUGACCGAGAUCUACGGAAGCCAGGACAUGCUCAUCCCCAUGGGCCCGCUGCCCAUCGGAGUCUACUUCGACGCGAGCAGGAAGCUGUGGCGCUGCCAGUGGCGCGAGAACGGCAAGUUCCGCACCAAGGGCUUCUCCCUCGGCCACUACAACACGCUCGCCGACGCGCGCCACGCGUGCAUCCUCUUCAGGUGCCAGGUGGGCAACAUGAGCAUUCAGCCCGAGUGGCUGACGCCCAACUACAUCAAGGUGAGCGACCUGCUGAACAGGCGCGCGGCGCAGCCUGCGGCGGCUCCGAAGAAGUCGAGCAGGAAGAAGAAGCGCCAGGAGGACCUGUACGAGUCGUACGCGUAG